AUGGGCCUAAGAGCGAGGGAAAACAGGCCAUUAUUCAAGAAGAAACGUGAUAAUUACGCGAGGAAACUGAGGAAAAAGAAACUAAUAAACUAUUUAGUGAGUGAGUUAAGAACUUGUACUACCCACGGGCUGCCUUACAUUGUAAACAGGGAAAUACAUUGGGCAGGAAGGACUUUUUGGGCGGUUAACUUUCUACUCGCGGUAACUAUUCUUAUAGCGUUGUUGGAAACACAGUAUUUCAGGUUUACUACCUCAGCGAUCGUCACGAGUGUGGAAAUGGACUAUUUCAACUGGAACAUAUCGUACCCCGCCAUCACGCUGUGCCCGAUGUACAAAAUAGAAGACGACGACCUGAAUGAACUGGUCAACGAAACAAUGGAAAGCACGGGCGAAUACAUAGACACGCAGCUGAGAGUGAUCACUAGCAUCUCCUACGACACAGCAGACAUAGUGGAUUUUGAUAACUUGGAUGUUACUUCGGUUAUAGUUCCAUCCGAUUACGGAAUGCUAGCGGCCAUGAUGUUCAAGAAGUUCGACAACAAUUCCCUGACCACGAGCACCAACUGGCCCAUCUCUGUGGAAAUCUCUAUGACCGAAAUGGGAAUGUGCCACGUCAUCAACUCCAAUGUCGCACAACUUGAUAAUCCUCUCAAAUGGACAACCGCUAAAUAUGCAAAAAACAAUAUUGACCUUUCGGUACAUGAACGGGAUUUCUUCGUUCAGUUAGUAAAUUAUGCAGAUGUGUAUAAGAUUUACAUUCAUAGCCCAAAUGAACUGAUACAAACUACUACGCCAUCUUAUACUUCGAAAUUGAAUAAUUACAUAGACUUCGGGGUGAAAGUGUGGAGCACGCGAAUAUCUCAUCGACUAGCAAAAUAUCCUUUGAGCGUGAGAAAAUGCAGGUUUCUGAAUGAACCUAUCAGCAAAAGAUACCCAGUCUAUUCAUAUACCCACUGCAUUAUUGAAUGCAGAAUUAAAAUGAUACUAGAAAUAUGUGGGUGCAUACCACAUUUCUAUAAAAGACUAGAUCACGAAAGAGUAUGCAACCUAACAGAGCUACCAUGCUUCGUCGAGCACAAAACGGAAUUUAUAAAAUUGUCGCUAUCUGAUGAGAGCUUGUCAAAUCUCACUAACAGUAAUAGUGCUAACAUUCCGAAGUCGCCGAGCGAUUGCGGUUGCCUCAACAGCUGCGACACUGAUAUCUAUACCAAAGAUCAUGAAACCUUUACGCCUCAGGACGAUCAUAACAGCAUGCGAGUUGGUAUAUCAGCGUAUCCCAAGAUAAGGAUAGUCAAGGAUACCAUUAUCAACUUAUACGAUAUCAUCUUAAGAAGCGGAGGCGUAAUUAACUUGUGUAUUGGAUCAUCAGUUAUAUCGCUAAUGGAAUUGCUCGUGUUACUACUCAAAGUUUUUUUAUUUUAUGCACGUGUAUUGGCCUCAAUGAUCAUGCGAGCAUUUCGUUAUAUUAUUCCUAGAGUUAGAAUGUGGACGAUGUUCAGAAUUAAAAAGUAA